CUAGAAAGAAAUCCUCGCGCGCACUCGCUAACUGUGAAAGUGCGGACUACCUGUGGUAUAAUUAUAGAUUUUUCUUCUUCGGUGCAUUUCACUAUGGCGAUUACUCUAAUCGGUUUAAUUUUGAUCAGUACUCACUUACUAAUGUAUUCAGGACUUUUUACUGCUUAUAAAGGAGGAGGAGUGAAGAGAGGGGGACUCUACCCAUCCCUCCCCCCUUGCCAGUCCYCCUCUCCUGGAGCAAGCGUGGCCUGCGUAAAAAAAAAUCUAGAAAGUGAAGCAUUGUCAGGUACACGGCGGCUUACAUUCAUUACUAUGGCUGCAGUUAUCUUUCUAAUUUGGUGUAUUGUAUCAUGUGCUCUAUGUUGGAUCCUGACCAAGGGAUUUUCUAAAAGACCUAAGAUAUCUAACGUGAAGGAUAAGUUUGUUCUAAUAACAGGAUGUGAUUCGGGUUUCGGAAAAGAAACAGCGACCAGAUUGGAGACGAUCGGUUUUAACGUAAUAGCUUGUUGUUUGACCAAAGAAGGCCAACACGACUUGCUCAAGAACAGCAAGGGACGCAUAACACCCGUUUGUAUGAAUGUCACGAAAAGCGAGGAAAUUAAGCAAGUGUAUGAACAAGUCAAGGGCAUUAUUCCUAAAGACUUGGGUUUGUGGGCCAUUAUCAAUAAUGCUGGUAUCAUGACUCUCGCUCCGCUUGAGUGGGUCAGCAUGGAAGAAUUCAAGUACAUUGCAGAUGUYAACCUCUGGGGCGUCAUUGAAGUUACAAAGACCUUUCUACCGCUGCUCAAAAAAGGAAAAGGUCGUGUAGUCAACAUGUCCAGUUUGGCAGGUUUAUAUUGCGCAUCUGGUCGAGCCCCGUACUGUAUUUCAAAAUAUGGCAUAGAAGCAUUUUCUGAUGCACUUCGACGGGAGAUGAAGAGCUUUGGAGUAAAAGUCUCUAUCAUCGAACCACCAGCCUUCAAUACGUUACUAUGGAAAGAUUUGGCAACAAAGAAACUGACCACMUUAUGGAACAACCUCACUGACGAAAUGAGAUGUGAAUACGGCCUGGAGUACUUUGAACGAUUUCAAAAAAGCUUGCAAACUUAUACCAAACGAUCCGACACAAAUUUGGUGACUGAUGCUUACAUCGAUGCAGUAAUCUCUCAGAAUCCAUAUCCUCGCUAUCCAAUUGGUCGGGGCGUGGUGAAGAAUCUUGUGAUAGCUAUCUUGCCGACGUUUUUACAAGAUUACUUCAUACAAUGAUAUUAUGAUAGUAUAGUGUUAUAAUUUUAGUUUUCUUAUCUUCUCUUUAACGGUACACUUCCACUAGUAAGGGUUAACUGAAAUAAAGUAUUGUCUAGUAGC